UGGAUGUAAUCUUCCUUUAGCUUUUUUUUUCCUCAUCAACUAUUAUUUUUUACCUAUGCUCCGGCUUUUACAACAACAUGGGUUGUGUUGUUUCAAGGCCUGAGACAAAUGAAGGAGGAGACUAUAAACUUAUAACUCGCCGAGGAUCGAUCGGUAAAGAUAGUGAAAUUUCUGAGAGCAUCAUAUUAGAUCCAGAAUUGUCUACACAUAGCAAAAGGUCCAAAACCGGUGGUGAAAAGGCAUGUAAGGAGGAGGAAGACGAACGUCAAAAUGCACAAGAAGAGAAAGGAGACGAGCAAAAACUUUCACCAUCUCCUAGUUUUCGUAUUUAUUGUGUUUUCCCACGUGAUCCUAAUGAUGGCAACGUCGUUGAUGAUCUGCCACGGAACAAGAACAUAUCAGAAGAAAACAAGGUGGUAUCUACCAAAGAAAAAGCACACACAAAAUUUGCAUGUCUAAAAGGUUGCGUUAAGUAACUGCAGAGCGGAAAAAAUGUCUUAGAUCUUCAAUGUUUAUAAAAACCAGUUUGAAAAUCAGAAACACUAUAACAUGUACUCGGUUAGAAACUUCACAUGCAUGCAGUAUUUUCUUUUUGUGUUUGGAUAUAUGAAAUAGCUGUACUAUAUAUGUAAUCAGAGCUCGCCCUAAGGGCAAAUAAGCCAAGGAUGUGCUUGUGGCCUUCCAUAUACACAUAAUAUUUAGCCAUUUUUCAAAUUAUCCUUUAGAAGAGUUGAUUAUGCAUAGGGAAUAUGACACGG